AUGCUGAAUUUCACACUAGUCAAGAUGCGCUUCUUUAUCCCUACCCUCGCUGCUGCAAUUGCUAUUUUCUCUGUGGUGUCGGCUCAACCUGCUCCAGAAGGUGGCGCUGAUGCUGAAGCCGUCGGUGCUAAGGGUGGUUCAGGACUAGGAUCCAAAGCAGACACCGCUAUUACCAGUACUGGUGAAGACUUGGUGGCGGGAGUUACCCCUGAAGAAAUGGCACAAGUACGAGCGUUUCUGCGAGGUGAUACUGUUGGUUCUUAA